CUGGAUCAUUUUUGUUCUAUAUCAACAUAUAAAGUAGUGACGCACUUCAGUGUACAUAUGAUAGGAUACUGACAUCUCUUUACCGGUGUUCUCGGUCCAUUUGACCUGAUCUAAUUGGACGCACAACAUAUCUUGGCGCGCUAUCUGCCGUGUGCGGCAAGUUCUGGGGAAAACGAGAAGCAAGAUGGGCCCUGCCGAAAUACCUCCUGAAAUCUUACUCCAAUUGGCACCCGAAAUCUCCCGAUUGGGAGUCCAAUGCGGCGCCAGAUCCGUGGCUUUUGUCCUGGGCUUGAUUCUCGAAAGCCGCAUGAACUUGGCCUUCCAGUUAGUAACCUAAUCUGCAGAUCUGUCGUGCAGCCCCGGCGCAUAUAAGUCUCGGGAGAUACUCUACGCAGGCUCUAAUAGACCCUCUGUGCCCUCGGCCUUCCUUUUCGCCGGAUUACCGACCAGAUUUUCUUCCUGUAGUUCUCCGCAUCAGCCAAUCAGCCUCGUUCUUCUGACAGGCUAUGCCGCAAGCGCAGUACUAUGGGAAUGAAACUGGGCGUGGUGUCUCGUGGAUUGGAAACGCUCGACACACAGUGCCUCCCCCCGCACCCUGAGUCCUCACAUUCGGGCGUCUCCGUUCUCGGCGCGCGGUAAUUACCUAAUGCAGGAAGGAAACAGGCGUGCAAUGUGUGCAUGCAGGUCGUCUAGGCAUGGGUCGACAUGAGGCUUGUCCUUCUUUUUCUCGAACUAUCAUGUACAUCCCGGCUGAAUUUCACCCAUCCAUCAACGGCCGAGGUUCGCACAUUCCAGACAUCCCUGCUCGAGCACACACUCAGGAACUGCGUCGCCCAGUCGUGCAUUGCGAGCGAGAAAUCGGAGAUCCCAUCACUUCCCUGGCUUGCGUCGUGUCGGCCGCACUCAACUCCGUGAUCCACUGGAUCGCAGACGUGCCUGCCCGCGUCCUUUCUUGGAUCGAACAGGUCGCAUGGCCCGCCGUGACUGCGUCGUUCUGGAAAGCGGAGGAUUGGCUUGCAGAGGUAGCAAAGCCCGCAUGUAUUCUGGGGCUCUCUGCAGCGGCCACAGCCUCGAACGAAUACAUCCUUCGCCAUCCCAUCGGGUUGACCACGGCUGCUGCUGGACUAUUUCUCGGCCCCCAAAUACUAUUACUUCCGGUACUCCUUUUCCAGGGUUUCUUCUUGCUGCUACUGGCUAUUAUUGGAUUCGGAAGCAGAGGAGUCACCGGGGGUUCGCCGGCGGCCCUCUAUCAGUCGCUUUGCUACGGCGGCAACACGCCCGCCUCAUCGAUCUUUACGAUUUUCCAGUCCCUGGGCAUGAAAUACCACGCCAUCACGCUCAGCAACUGGCUCUUUGCGGCGGUGAGGCUGAUUUCGGGUGUCUGCUUAGUCUACAUCAUCAUCGUUCUUGUCCAUGGGAAUUAAAAUGCGAGAUUAUCGUCCAGAAUGUUUUGUCAUGGGCCAUGAGCGGCCGACU